AUGUCACAACAACUUCUGGAUACUUUCAAAAGAACCUUCAUGAGGCGGAAAGUAAAAGAACCACAGCAAGCAUCCCGCCUGACUCCGAAUCUAUCAACCCUGGAGGGGAAAUCGCCUGCAGGGACCCUACUCUACCACAAUUCGGUUGGACCGAAACGGAGUAAAUGUGGUGCACGGGACGUAACGCAGGACCAUCUAGAAUUUGAGGCAAAGGAACAAGGUCAAUGUAAAGAUUUGUUUGAGAAGGUGGAGUGGCGUUUAGCUAACAUUUCCAUACACACAAACAACGAAUCCACUGUCACCCCACUUUGCGUUAAUGCACGUCUGUGUAUCCAGGAAAAGAAAAUUCAGUUUGAGAUUUCGGCGGGAUUGACAAUGAAUGGUAGUUCCACGAUGAUGACAGAACCUCAACAUUUUUGCUCCAUUAUGUUCGCACGAAAAUCAGUGGAAAAAUUGGACAGGGGUAUGCAAACCUACGGUCCAACCGGAGCCUCGAUCACGGUGGCGAUGGAAGUGACCCGAAACAACCCUCAAGUCAGAAUCGGAGUUGAAGGUGGUUAUCUGGGAAAUCUGGUCAACUUUUCAUUUCUGUACCCCCAACGAGGGACC